AUGACUGUGCCUUCACUCUUCUCAGCCUCACCACUGCAUCCAAUCUUCAAGCCAGCAGCCCACCUCAUCCCUUCCCCAGGCCAGCCCCUGGCUUCAAGCAGUGCAGUCCCUUCCUUUGCUCUCUCAGUGUUGCCAGUGCCUUCUGCAGCCUCGCAGGCCUAUGACCACCUCUCUUCUGCCUGCACAAUCUCUGACCAGGCAUAUGUGAAUAUGCCUAGAUUCCCUGCCAAUGGUUCUCACGCCGCGGCGCAUUUCUGCAAUUUCAUUGUCAAUGAGAGAUGA